CCACCGCAAAUCGAAUCUCCAGCACCGGGAAAAGCCUCAGCGCUCAGCCCUAUUUUAGUGCUGAUUGCAUCCAGAGACCAGCCCUCUGCUGGCGCCCCUAUUGGCUUCUGCAUGAUUGCAUUCAAGGAAUAAGUAGACCCCAGGCCCGAUGGCCCCCCUGUUAAACAGUGCAAUGGACCGACACCGGCCCUGAAAGGCUUGAAGGGCAACGUCACCUUCCCUGAGGCCCCCCUCUUUCUCCCAGGCAGAAACAAUCCGGUCUCUCUGGAGUCCGGACAGAAGAAGACGCUCCUGCGCACAAGAACACGCUGCCCGCCCAUGCAGUUCCGACCUGCACCUUCAACAAGAUGCUGGCGUGGUCAGAGCCCAAGCUGCUGCUAUCGCAGAGGAUGAAUCUCCUGACGACGACGCUGCUGAACCCCCGCAACUUCCGACUAGUCAUCGCCGCUCUGGCAACGACCUGCAUUCUCUCCGUCCUGCUCUUCUUCCCCCCAGGGUCCCAGACCCCCACCACUGCCCUAGACAUCGGACAAGCGUCGACAGCGUCAGCAGACCACCAAACCAGCACCGUCAACUUGACCUCGACCUCGACCACGACCACUGUCGACCUCACGCCAGCCGAAGCCGACCUCCUCACCGACCUCACGCAGUACUUCACCGACCACCCGAUCCAGAAGCCCUACAAGGAGAAAUACGGCGAGCUGGGCCGCCGCCUGCGCGUCGUGCGGGGCUGGUUGACCCUGUCGCAGACGAGCGGCAGCCCGACCACGCGCGCCCUCUACGCCGACGCCGUCGAACAAGUGGCCCGCACGCAGUUCCCCUUCCUCACCCACCCCGACAACCCUCUGAUUGAACCGAUCGCCCACCUCCGCGCGAGCUUCGAGCCCCAGAGCGCGGGGAUCGUCAUCCCGACCAGCGACAAGACCGUGCGGUACGCGGCGCACCUGAUCGGCGCACUCCGCUCGGUGCUGCACUCGACCCUCCCGAUCCAAGUGGUCUACGCGGGCGACAGCGACCUGUCUGCAGCGCACCGGGACCUCCUUGCGACGCUGGCCGGCCCCGCGGGCCCAGCCAUCGAAUUCCUCGACAUUUUGACGGUCUUCGACGACGCGACCCUCCAACUCCGCACAGGCGGAUGGGCGAUCAAGGCGUUUGCGGCGCUGGCCUCGCGGUUCGAGACGGUGAUCCUGGCGGACGCGGACGCGGUGUUCCUGCAGCGGCCGGAGGUGCUGCUGGGGCACGAGGCCGUGCGGCAACGUGGGGCGCUGCUGUUCCACGACCGGCUGCUGUGGCCGCACGCCUUCGAGGGGCGGCAUCAGUGGUGGCACGACCAGAUCCGGCGGCCGAGCGGCACGUUGAACGCCUCGCGUGUGUGGACGGAGGCGUACGCCGAGGAAGGCGAUUCCGGGCUCGUCGUGCUGAACAAGGGGCGCGCGGAUGUCUUGGUGGCCUUGCUGCAUAUCUGCUGGCAGAACUCGUACGAGGUGCGCGAGGAGACCACGUAUAAGAUUACCUAUGGCGAUAAGGAGAGUUGGUGGUUUGGCUUGGAGUUGGCGGGCGCGGAGUAUGCGUUUUCGCCGCAUUAUGGGGGUAUUGUCGGGUGGGAGAGGGAGGAGGAGGUGGAUGAGCUGGGGGUGGUGGUGCAGGGGAGUGGCGGUGGCGGAGUGUGCAGUUUUGUGAUCGCCCAUGUCGAUGCGAAGGAUCGCUUGCUGUGGUAUAAUGGGAGUCUGUUGAAGAACAAGGGCCAGCCGGGCAUGGAGAAUGAGUACCAGGUGCCAGACAAGUGGAUGAUCGAUGCGGACUGGAUCAAGGGGGCGCGAAAGCAGGAUCAGAGCUGUAUGGUGAAUGGGGUCGUCAGGGACUUGACGGAUGAGGAGAAGGGGAUCUUGGAGAGGUCGAUAGAGUUGGCCAAGUCGGUGGAUGGGUUGGUGCAGUCGGUGCAGUCGGUGCAGCCGGUAUGAGGUAUGAGAUACCCGGGUUGCUUGCUGGGGAGCCAUGCAGUCAUCGAGCGUUCUGUCCGAACGGAUGGACGAUACAUACAUUAUUCGCAUUUGCUUGUACAUAUAGAUGAUCCAGAUGAUAUCCAAUAC